ACAGUUGUUCUCUCGGAAAUUAGGUCUAAAAGCAGUUUUAGUUUGUUGUUGUCAUUACCUUCAUUUCACUACAGUACUGGAAGGGUUCCGCUGCAGGUUGGCCAUACCCAACCGACCGCUCUACAUAAAAAAUUAAAAUCGGUCGUUCGGUUGCCAGAACGUCUACAUCCAAUUUGUCGGUCGGUCGACUGGUGCGUGUGUGGAGCCCUCUGGGAAGGAUUCAGAUAUUAGUCCGGGAGUCAGCCGUAAGGGUGCGCGGGUGGUGCAUGAACUCGACUUUGGAGGAAACACCAUUUGCUCGUGAGCGCAAGCAAUUACCAGUUCAGUUGUUGAAUCAGUUUCGUGAUGUCGCUGAGGCCGACAGGCUCCACCGGCAAUGGAACGCCGGCCAACCCUGCUCCCGCAUGUGCACCUAUGGAGGGAGACACAGCGACAGAGCUGGCGCCCAUAUCCAAGAACACGGGGACGGCAGCUAGACAAUUCUACGCACAGCGCGAGAACUUACUAGCCACGAGACGGCUACGUCGGCGUCGCCAGAAACGUCAGGCUCCUUUCAAGAUGUGCUCUGAAGGGACCCUAAGUCUCAUUUCUUCCUCUGCAGGUGGUGAUGGCAGCAUAGAUGACAACUCUAAGAACGGUAUGGAAUGUUCUACUUCGCCAGUGGAUAACAUAAUAGGUCAGAGUAAUUUAAAAGCCCUUCUUGACAUAAAGGGAAAUAGCGGCGGAGAGGACAUCAUUACGGUGAUAAAUAGCUGCCUGGAAGUGGUUCUGACGCUCAGUAGUGAUUUACGUACAGUAGCAAAACACUUGUUCGGCAGUUAUGUUCAUCUCGACUACGUAGCGGAAGAAGCUGGUUCAACUAAUCGCGCGGGAGAUCUAGACCAGAAACUUGAAAUGGCGAAGGGUUGUGUGUCUGGAGACAGCUACGAGAGGAGACUGGAAACUCUCCUGACUUAUUUGAGCAAGGAAGAGCCUAAUGCUGAUGAGCAGGUAAGCACAGAUUUUUCCUGUGUAUCAGCGCAUCGGCCGGAAGGUUGGGAGGAUCGCAAGAGGCACGUCGGUGAGAAAGUAGCAUCUUCCAGCCAAAUUCGUUCGUCCAGUGCGAAGCAAGAGGCAGCCUCCAUCUUCAACAAUACUAUCGCCACUCACAACGAGCAGUUCGCAGCCAGCACAAUGGCGUCUAAAGGCUCUGCAAAGUCGUAUCAUGGGACCAGCGGUAACGCUGAGAUUCAACGCAACACCGGAAGUUCCCAACAGGUUUCGUUGACUGCCAAAUCUUACGAUCACACGAUGGCUUCAGAUGGCGUAACAGCACAAACGAACGUCCCCGAAGUCAACGGCAGUUGUCGCGUCAUGCUCCACUGUAUGAAGUCCAUGGUCCAGAUCCUGUACCUGGCGUUAGAGGCCAACAGGCUUGUACAGCAAGCUGUUAAGUGGGCAACGACACGUGAAUACGAAUUCGCUGAAAGCAUCGCCACAGUAGUCCUGGAUACUGCCGGUAUGACUGCACAGAGCGCAAGCAGUGCGCUAUCAGAGGCUGAGAACGCUGUGCUGAUCUACGAGCAGCUAGUGAGAGGCUUCACAGCAGGGGACAGGUCAUUCAACAGCAGCCAAGUGACGGAAGGCAAGGACAACAUCCGUGCUGAUGCUGCCGCCGCUGCUGCCGGUGACGACCAAGUACAGAAGCUUGUGCAACAGACCUCAAAUAUUCAUCUGAAUCAGAUGGACCAAGACUCCACAGUAGUAAGGACGAAUAUCGUGCAGUCACGCGCACGAAACAAUUCCUCUAACGGACAAGUCAGUAGCUCCGACGAAAUUCCGUGUGAAGCUUCGCAGACUCUUUUGAGAGCCACCCAAAGCUCUCUUUGUGCUGUGGACGCAGCACUGACGGUGCUAGAAAUUCUAUCUGUUGCACAGUAGCAACCAAGAGCUAAACUUACGACACGAUAAGACAGGGGAAAAGUUUCAUCCUCUCUGAUCUGCAUGGAAAUAGAAGGAAACAGCGAAAAAUGUUUUAGUUUGGCGACAGCAAUUUGUAUGUUGAAGGUAUAUUAUUUUUUAAUUGCCCUGUGUUAUUUUCUUCCACUUCUAGUUAAAAGAAGAAUUACGUAUUGAAUUUCGAAUCUGACAGACAUAGUUAAUUACUUUAUAUAUAAUUUUAAGCCAGAUUGUAUUAAAGAUAAAUUUUGCAUCUCAAGGUAAUCGGACUUUGUCUAUCAAUGCAUUACCUUUUAUUUCAGCAUGCGUUUGUAUGUUGUGAAGCUGUCGAUGUCAGGCGCUGUUGGGCGAUUCACGACCAAAUGUUGUCAUGGAGUACUCUAUACAGAAUAAUCAGCAGUGCUUAGACAUUUUGCCGAGAGCUCUUACGUGACAUGGAUAAUAUGCAACAAAUAGGCACCAAGUAAUAGAACCUGAAGGACACUUACGUAAACAGUUCAUUUUUCCUUACUAUUCGCCAGGUCUUGAUAUGUGGAACGGAACUACCCUCUUAGGAGGAAACAAUGCAUACUGUACCUGUGGCAGCCUGGUACAGCACGAAAAAGACCGCACUCUGUAACAAUAUAUGACUGAAUAAAUUGUCUCCAGCUCGAAAACCGUGCAUUUGGUGACAAACUUCA